AUGGAGUUCUUGGAGCUAUCCCAAGAUUUUCUCAGCUUAGCCAUGGCGGCUUGUCUUCUUUAUUUCUUCUUGAGAUUGUUAUUCUCUUGGUGGGUUCUUCCCAUUCGAGCUUACCUUAGGAUUAAGAAGAAUGGGUUUGGAGGUCCAACUCCUAGUUUUCCACUGGGAAAUAUUACAGAGAUGAAAAAUAGUAAGAAUGUUAACGAUUCUUCACUUGGAUUCUCAAGUAUUUCCCAUGAUAUACACUCAUCGGCGUUUCCUUAUUUUGCAAAGUGGCAAAAGACUCAUGGAAAAGUUUUCAUCUACUGGUUGGGGACUGAACCAUUUUUGUAUAUUGCUGAGCCGGAGUUCCUUAAGAAAAUAUCUUCGGGAGUUGUGGGGAAGAGCUGGGGAAAACCCUUGGUGUUUAAACUUGAUAGGAAGCCUAUGUUCAGAAGUGGAUUAUUGAUGGUUGAAGGAGACGAUUGGGUUCGUCAUCGCCAUGUUAUCACUCCUGCAUUCUCCCCAUCUAACUUGAAGCCUAUGGCGAGUUUGAUGGUGGAGCCGACCACGAUGAUGCUGAACAAGUGGGCAACCCUAGUAAGCUCGGGUCAACCCGAAAUCGGUGUGGAAAGAGAAAUCACAACCACGGCAGCGAAGAUCAUUGCGAGGACGAGCUUCGGUUUGAGCAGCCAAAUGGGGAGUGAAGUGUAUGAAAAAUUGAGAGCCGCACAAAUCACACUUUUCAACUCCAACCGCUACGUGGGUGUUCCUUUCAGCAAAUGGGUUUGUCUCAAGAAAAACCUAGAAGCCAGAAAACUUUGUUAA